CUGUGGGGCUGGCUGGAACAUUCCUGGGUUGGCGAUCAGGCUCCACCAGACGCUGCCGUGAUUUGCUGAGCAAUUCGAUCCUGGCUUCAAGGAUGUGUGUGUUGAAAAAGACAGUUGUAGAGAUAGGGUGAGCGAGCGAGACGGACGAAGAAGUGAAAACUGGACGAAAAGAGAAGAGCGCGAGAGAAAGAGAGAGAGAGUUCCGAUGCGGGAGGCACUUCGUCUGAACUUCAGAGAGACACAACGACACCGCAGAUAGCUUACCUCUGCCAGAGUUGAGAAGUCGGCGGUCGCACCUUGCCUCACAAAAACUCCGCUCCCUCUGGGGCUGAGAAGUUUUCCGUUUCAUUUUUCCUUUUCCCCGUUCGUAGUGCACUUUGAGCCCGUGCCUAAUGGAGGGCCCAGUACGGAUUUGCCAUCAGAAGAAUGAGCUUUUCUUCUAGUUCGCCCGACUGGUCGCAGGUUUUACCCUCCUGCAAGAGAGUUGAGCUGAUCCAGCAUCGAGUUGUGUGUUGUUUGUCUGUAAGUGUGUGUGUGAGUGUGUGUGUGUGUGUGUGCUCGCGUCAGAGUGUGUGCUGGGCGGCGUUCGGUCAGCAGAGGUGAGGGGUCACCAUGACGGCAGGUCGGAGGGUUCUGUCGACAGUGCUGUGUCUAAGCCACGCCCUCCUCCUCUCCAGCUUUGCCGUUGCGUCCCUGUCGUUCCUCUCCGAGCCCACGUCGGUGGUUCAGAUCCAGGGCAGCGACGUUGAGCUGCGGUGUUCAGCGCAGCCCAACUCCUCCGGCCUGUCCCUGUCCUGGCGCUUUAGGGGCCGACCCCUGGACCCGGCCAGUGUGCCCGGCGUGGAACUGACUCCCAGUGGGGGGGUCUUGUCCCUGUACCCCCUCCAGGCCGUCCACCAGGGACUGUACCAGUGUGUGGCUCAGUCCGACACAGGGGCCAUCAUCAGCCGAUACGCACGCGUGGCUAUCGCUGAUAUAGCUGAGUAUGGCGAGACACAACGACGUUCGUUGGUGGUUCAGGAGGGUAGCAGCGUUGUGAUCCAGUGUCCUCUGCCCCCCAGUGCCCCCCCGGCUGUCCCCCGGGUGAGGGUGCGAGGGGAGUGGCUAGAGAAUUCCACAGACAACUACAUAGUUGUUCCUUCUGGGAACCUUCAGAUCCUGUCUGUUUCCCCCCGACAUGGAGGCAUUUAUAAGUGUGGCGCAUACAACCCUGUUACCAAGGAGAACAGGGUCGAAGGUCAUGGUACCAAGUUGACUGUGAAACCUGCAGACAACCCUUCCCCGGCAAGGAUAGUUUACCCCAUCGUCCCGACCACCGUAUCGGCGGAGCCGUCCGCCACGCUGGUGUUGGAGUGUGUGGUGUCAGGCAGUCCGAUGCACCCUGCCAUCUGGCUGAAAGACGGACGGGAGCUGGCAGCGCCGGCCAGGGGCCCCAGGGAGCACAACAACCUGGUUCUGUUGGACCUGAGGAGGAGCGACUCCGGGAUCUACCAGUGUUCUGUUCAGACGGAGAAAGGAACUCUGCUCAGUGUCAACUAUACUGUGAAUGUUCUGGAGGAGGCGUCUGUCCUCAGAGGUCUCACCGACCAGUCUGUCUCUUCCGGAGACUCUGCUCGUUUCAACUGCCUUGCCAAGGGAAACCCCACCCCCGGUGUCACCUGGCUUUUCAACGCCUCCCCCAUCGCCCCCUCGACCCGCCUCCGGAUCUCAGGCUCCACCCUCAUUAUUUCAAGGGUGACAUUGAAGGACGAGGGUGUGUACCAAUGCCUGGUGGACAACGGGAUUGGCUCAGCGCAGUCAGCUGGCAGGCUCACGGUCAAAUCAGAACCUCAGCUUGGUUCCCCACCUGAUAUUCUGACUGAGGCUCCACCCCCCUCCAUCCACCCAAUCCAGAGUGAUGAGGGAGAUCAGCUCUUCCCACAUGAGGAGGAAGAGGAGGGGCUAAUAGAAGGGGAGGGGUUGGGGGAUCCUAUGGGCCAACCAACAGAGAGGAGUAAUGAUAGGCUCACUCCUGAAGCACCAAUCAUCACCUCUCCUCCCCAAACACACAAACCUGACAUCUAUGACCUGGAGUGGAGGGCGGGACGAGACUGGGGACAUCCAAUCAACGCAUACUUCGUUAAAUACCGCAAGGUUGAUGAUGAGACCGGGGUAGUGGGUACCUGGCAGACAGUCCGUGUUCCUGGCAGUGAGAAGACCCUCCGUCUGUCUGAACUGGAACCAUCCAGUCUAUAUGAGGUUCUGAUGGUGUCACGCAGCUCUGCUGGAGAGGGACAACCAGCCAUGCUCACCUUCCGAACAGGCAAAGAGAAGAGCCCACCGGUCAGUAAGAAUCCUUCCAAGGCUCCGACGGUGUCGGUCCCCGCCAAAGCUCCGGAGGACAAAACCACCAACACACAUUUUGGAGUGGUCAUUCACGAACGGGUGCCUGAGGCCCCUGAUAGGCCCACCAUCUCCAUGGCGACAGAGAGUUCUGUGUACGUCACAUGGAUCCCGCGGGCCAAUGGCGGGUCUCCCAUCACAGCGUUUCGUGUGGAGUAUCGCCGCCAGGGCCGGAAUGCAGCGUGGGUCGUUGCCGCCGACAACAUUUCCCCUCUCAAACUGUCGGUCGAAGUACGAAGUCUGGAACCUGGCUCCACCUAUAAGUUUCGUGUGAUUGCUAUGAACCAGAACGGGGACAGUCCCCACAGCGCCACCUCCAGGCCCUACCAGGUGUCUGCCGCCAGCCCACGCUUCUCAGACCGCCCUGUGGCUGGACCGCACAUCUCCUCUACGGACGCUGUCUCCGACACUCAGAUCAUGCUGCGCUGGACCUACACCCCAUCCAGUAACAACAACACACCCAUUCAAGGAUUCUACAUCUACUACAGGCCUACUGAUAGUGAUAAUGACAGCGACUACAAGCGGGAUGUGGUAGAAGGUCUAAAACAGUGGCAUCUGAUUGGUCAGCUGCAGCCAGAGACGUCAUAUGACAUAAAGAUGCAGUGUUUUAAUGACGGAGGGGAGAGUGAAUACAGUAAUGUCAUGAUCUGUGAGACCAAAGCACGGCAGCCCCCAGGGGUUCCCAGCCAGCACCCCAUCACCCCGCCGGGCCCCUUCCCCCCAGACACCCCCACACCCCCCGGGGGCCUGCUCUACCUGAUUGUGGGCUGUAUCCUCGGGGUCAUGGUCCUGAUCCUCUUCGCUUUCAUCGCAAUGUGUCUCUGGAGGAACCGUCAGCAGAACGCCAUGCACAAGUACGACGGGUACCUCUACCAGCCUGCGGAGAUGAACGGCCACGUGUUGGAGUACGCCACAUUGCCCGUGUCCGGGCGCAUCCACGGGGCUUAUGGUCAUGGCGGUCGGACUCCGGGCUGCCACCAUCUGCACCACGAUGUGCCGAACGGCUCGGCUGGCCUGACCUACACACCCGGAGGCCCCCCACAUGGCCACGACCCCACCCCCCCACAUGGCCACGACCCCACCCUGCCGCAACACAGCACCGGGGAGUACAAACACCCUGUGCCCCACCGGCACCAUCACAAUGGAGGAGGAAUCUACACAGCUUUGCCUCAAACGGACUCAACAGAUUGUAUGAGCUGCCAGAACUUCUGCAACAACAACAGAUGUUACACGAAGACCAACGGGACGUUCUCCGGGGGCACUCUACCCCUAAUGCAGCGCGUGGCUCAGAACCAGGACCGAGGCGCGGUCUUGGGUCUCGAGAUGGUUCCCCUGGGCCAGGUGUCUCCUCACUGCCGGGGCCAGGACGGACACCUCCUCCUCAGGGACAGGAGCACACAGCCUGGGGAGCAUGGGAACCAGGACGACCAAGAGGACCAUGAGGGAAGGGACUCAUCUCUGUCCCAGACCUCCUGCUGUCCUCAGGGGGACCACCAUCAACACCUGUGCCCUGGAGAAGUUGUCACGGAUGAUGAACCUGAGGAGUGUGUGGAGUCUGAGGGAGUGGUGGUGUGUUGGGAGAGCCUGGGUCUGUCUGACCUUGACCUCAAGGAGAAACCAACGUGGAUCUCCACAGGCAGCCUGAAUAUGGCCCUGCAGGGAGACCUGAUCCAGCCGACCCCUCAGGAGGUCUGAACAAAGCCCAAACCCAUCACUCCGACCCGGGCUACAGAGGUCCAGACAACCCCAAAGGAGGUCUGACCGCAGCCCACACGCAGCACUCCCACCUGGGCUACGGAGACCAGCGAGGAGAUUAGAAUGGGGAGACGGACUGGGACAGAUGUUUACGAAAACAAGAUUAGCCAGUGUUUUCGUGAUUGGAGACCGGACGUAAUGCAGCUAAUAGGACUCUAACCUGCCUGGAAUACUGCUGAGGCAGACAGACAGAGGGAUGGAGCCAGAAGAUAACCAGACAGGGGGAUGGAGGGAUGGAGCCAGAAGAUAACCAGACAGGGGGAUGGAUGGAGGGAGAGACUGAGGGGGAGGCUCAGAACUGAACUCUGAGAAGGAGAGAUACAGGACUCUUGAAAAAAAGAUCCAAAACUUUUUAGAUUACUUAUUUAUUUUUUGUAGUAGUAAAAUAUUAUUUCAUAUGAAUGUAUCUGAUCUAAGAAAGAAAGUUUGUCUUUUAUAUUAUUUAUGCUUUUUGGAUAAUAAAUACAUUUUUAUUUUUUUGUUUGUUAUUUUUCGUGUUCUUCCUUGCAGUGGGGAGUUUAGACAUUGUACAUGUUUUGUAAUAAUAUAAAGAGAAGAUAUGAAAAGAG